AUGCUGGGGGCGGGCCGCGGGCGCUGCGGCUCCGGCCCGCAGUUCGAGAGGCUGGAGCGCUCGGGAGACGCGACGAGGGGCCGAGGGGAGCGAGCGGGCGCCCCAGUCUCCUUCCCCUCCCCUCCCCUUGCCUCGCCGCCUUCUCCUCCGGCCGCCGGACCGGAACUAUGUGAUCCCGGAAGUUCCGGUGCCACUGCUGUGUGGGAUAAACAGUAAUGGCGGAGGCUGCAGCUCCCGGAACAACAGCCACAACAUCAGGAGCAGGAGCGGCAGCGGCGGCGGUGGCAGCGGCCUCCCCCACCCCUAUCCCCACAGUCACCUCCCCGUCCCCGGGGGCGGGGGGAGGGGGAGGCGGCAGCGACGGCUGCAGCGGCGGCUGGACUAAACAGGUCACCUGCAGGUAUUUCAUGCAUGGGGUUUGUAAGGAAGGAGAUAACUGUCGCUACUCGCAUGACCUCUCUGACAGUCCGUAUGGUGUAGUGUGCAAGUAUUUUCAGCGAGGAUACUGUAUUUACGGAGACCGCUGCAGAUAUGAACAUAGCAAGCCACUGAAACAGGAAGAAGUGACUGUGGCAGAUCUAACUGCAAAAUCAUCCCUUGCUGCUUCCUCAAGUCUCUCAUCGGUAGUUGGACCAGUUGUUGAAAUGAAUACGGGCGAAGCCAACUCACGAAAUUCAAACUUUGCAAGUGUAGGAGCAGGUUCAGAAGACUGGGUGAAUGCCAUUGAGUUUGUUCCUGGCCAGCCCUACUGUGGCCGUACUGCCCCUUCCUGCACUGAAGCACCCCCGCAGGGCUCAGUGACCAAGGAAGAAGGUGAGAAGGAGCAAACCGUGGCUGAAACAAAGAAGCAGCUUUGCCCGUAUGCCGCCGUGGGAGAGUGCCGGUACGGGGAGAACUGCGUGUAUCUCCACGGAGACUCCUGUGACAUGUGUGGGCUGCAGGUUCUCCAUCCCAUGGACGCUGCCCAGAGAUCACAACAUAUAAAAUCCUGCAUCGAGGCCCAUGAGAAGGACAUGGAGCUCUCGUUCGCUGUCCAGCGCAGCAAGGACAUGGUCUGCGGGGUCUGCAUGGAGGUGGUCUAUGAGAAAGCCAGCCCCAGCGAGCGCCGCUUUGGGAUUCUCUCCAACUGCAGCCACACUUACUGUCUCAAGUGUAUUCGCAAGUGGAGGAGUGCUAAGCAAUUUGAGAGCAAGAUCAUAAAGUCCUGCCCAGAAUGCCGGAUCACAUCUAACUUUGUCAUUCCAAGUGAGUACUGGGUGGAGGAGAAAGAAGAGAAGCAGAAACUCAUUCAGAAAUACAAAGAGGCAAUGAGCAACAAGGCGUGCAGGUAUUUUGAUGAAGGACGUGGGAGCUGCCCAUUUGGAGGGAACUGUUUUUACAAGCAUGCGUACCCUGAUGGCCGUAGAGAGGAGCCACAGAGACAGAAAGUGGGAACAUCAAGCAGAUACCGGGCCCAACGAAGGAACCACUUCUGGGAGCUCAUUGAGGAAAGAGAGAACAGCAACCCAUUUGACAACGACGAAGAGGAGGUUGUCACCUUUGAGCUGGGCGAGAUGUUGCUUAUGCUUUUGGCCGCAGGUGGGGACGACGACCUGACAGACUCUGAAGACGAGUGGGACUUGUUUCAUGAUGAGCUGGAAGAUUUUUAUGACUUGGAUCUAUAGCAGCUUUGCGUGGCGCACUGGUCUGCCGAGCCUCAGCCAGGAGCCGUCCCCGUGGUGGUGUGGCAGCGCCCGUGUUUCUGUCCUAGGCAGGCCUAUCCAAUCCAGGUGCUGUCGUGGUCCUUUUUACCCAGGGCCUGUCUUCUCGUCCCCUCACCUUCCCCCAAGGAGUGUGUUGUCUCCUCUGUUUCCAGAAGUUACAAAAAUAAAUCUUAAAGCUAG